UAUGAGUGUGAAUGAAGCAGAUAUCAGACGAUUUUAAAUUUAUAAAUAAAUCGAGUAAAUAAUUAAUAAAAUAAAAUUUUAAAAAAUGUGCAUUUGAAAAUUUUUUGAAUCAAUUAGUGCAUUUUUUCUAAAUAUUAUUUUUUUAAUUUUUUAUUCUACUUUAUAAUUUUAAAUUUGCCUGAUGGCUGCUACAUUCACACUCGUAUAUAAAUUAAAAAAUUAUAGAAACUGAAAAAAUAAAUCAGUAGGAGUAUUUAAAAAAAUAUCUUAAAAGUGGUAGUGAUAAAAAAAAUAAAACUAAAAAAAAGUUGGAAAUUAAAAAUCCAAGAGUAAUAGUCAUUGAUAACGACAUCAAUUUGGAAAACAUACGUCCUAUGGACGAUGUAGAAUAUGAUAUUAUCAAUGCAACAGAAGAUGCACCGAUGAUAGUUGGUGUUAUUGAUGAGCGUAGACCAGUUGACUUUGAUGAUAAAAAAAAGUGGAAAAUAAUAGCUGAUGAUGGUGAUGGAAAUGUUGCUGUUAGUUCAAAUAAAAAUAAUUGUGAUAGUAAUGAUAGUUAUGGCAAAGUAUCAAGAAAUAAUACUCAAGAACAAUUGAAUAAUAAAUUAACAAAUUAUAAUAGAAAUGAUUUAACUGAAAAUGAGCAACUGCCUUCUAUUAAACAGUCAACAUCUAGGCAUAAUAAAUCUCAUAAGCGACAUAGAAGUCGGUCUGACUCUAACUCAUCUUCACAGUCAGAUUCAAAAAAUGGCAAACGAUCAAGUAAUUCUAAAAGACAUUCUGACCUAAGUCCACCCAGAUCUUCGCAUGACAGUAAGAAUUCAGGAAAAUCUUCCCAACAAACUGAAUAUGACUCUGAUUUAGACGUACCAAGAGUGUCUCAUAAAUCUUCAUGUGAAAGAAAGAUCCUUCCAGAAAAUCGAAAAAUUAUUCACGUGGAACAAAACAAAUGAGGGAUGAUUCCGAUUCGGAUUUAAAUCUUCCCAGAAAGUCCAGUAAUAAUUCACGUGAGUCAAAUCAGAUAAGACAUAAUUCAGAUUUAGAUUUGUCCUCCUAGAAAAUCAAAGCAUCACUCACGUGAGUCAAAACAGACAAAUCAUGUAUCAGAAUUAAAUUCAAGACAUAGAAAAUCGAAGCAUCAUUUCAGAUAAUAUAAUCUUCAGCAUUUCGAUCGGUCCUUCGUGUAAAACAUGAAAAAUAAAUUUCGACCUUUCUCUAGUUAUAUAAUCAAUAUUAGCUCGAUGAUUAAGUAAAAGCUUCAACAGAUCUACAUUUUGAUCUUGUACUACAAUUUCCAAUGGCGUUCGAGUACCGAGACACAGAGCAUUUAUAUCUGAACCCUCAGCAUGUAAUAUUAAUUCAACCAAUUCCAAAUCAUGAGUUUUAAUAGCCAAUCCAAGAGCUAUUGUACCAUUCCUAUUCACUUUAUUAACUUUAGCUCGGUGUUCAAAAGUAAGAGUCUUGAUAUUCAAUUGCUAAGUACAACGGAGUAGUACUCCACGAAAAAGCAUCAAUAUAUUCAACUCCGUGAUCAAUUAAAUACUUAGCGAUUUUGAAAUUUUUCGUCUGGACCGCCCAACAUAACGGAGUCACACCACCGGAACGAAAAUCAACACUCGCUCCAAAGUUUACUAGUAACUCAACUAAAUCGUAAUUAGCCUGCUGACAAGCUAGGCCGAGAGCUGUCAUAUAUGUUCUUCCAUCAUCAAUGAGAACUUUAUUAUCAAUUAAAAGUUCAACGACAUCUUUCCUUCCAUUGUAACAAGCAAUAGUUAGUGGCGUUUUAUCUAGGCGAAUACUAUUAAUUUCAGCUCCUUCUUCGAUUAAAUAUUGAUUAGUACUGUAGUUGCUACGUUCAACGGCCCAGUGUAAUGGUGAAUGAAUUUGGUCAUUACUUAAAUUUACCUGAGCUCCGGCAUUGAUUAGAAUUUUCAUCAGCUCCAA